GACAAAAAAUGGAACACACCAGCAGUGUGAGGAGACCUGAAAGUGGCACAUGGCAUGGCAGAGUGUGGCGAUGGAGACAGCAGCAAUGGGAGGCCGUACAGGGACCCAUGAGAGACUCUGGACCUGGCAGCAGCAUGAGGAGGCGGUAUAGGGGCCCAUGGCAGAUUAGGGGCCUGGCAGCAGCUAUGGGAGGCCCGUAAUCUGCCAGCACCCUAUGACAAAAAAUGGAACACACCAGCAGUGUGUGAGGAGACCUGAAAGUGGCACAUGGCAGAGUGUGGCGAUGGAGACAAC